CCUCUGGAGGCAGCUGGGUCGGGAUGAAUCCGUCUCCCGGUGCUGCUUGAGAUGAGGAAUGAGACGACGACGAUGAGGACGACGUCUUCCCGGUGAAAAACGACGAUGUUGGUUCCGUUACAGUAGAGGCGACCGUUAGAAAACCGAGCUGAAGUGGUCAGAUAUCGGCGGUUAUUCAGGCUUUAGCCGUUCACUGUCUGUCUGCUGUCAACUGUUGCUGAUUUCCACUGUAAAUGAAUCUUGUAAGGUUUAUGAACAACCGUGUUCCUCCUAACAAGAGAUACCAGCCCACAGAAUAUGAGCAUGCAGCCAACUGUGCCACGCAUGCGUUAUGGAUAAUCCCCAGCCUGCUGGGCAGCUCAGUGUUGCACUUCCAGUCGGAGGACCAAUGGGAGCGGCUGUCGGCCUGGGUGUACGGGGCGGGGCUCAGCUCGCUCUUCAUCAUCUCCACCCUGUUCCACACCGUAGCCUGGAAGAAGAGCCACCUACGGUCUGUGGAGCACUGUUUCCACAUGUGUGACAGGAUGGUGAUCUAUUUCUUCAUCGCUGCCUCCUACGCUCCAUGGCUGAACCUGCGGGAGCUUGGCCCCUGGGCAAGUCACAUGCGCUGGUUGGUGUGGGUCAUGGCCUCUUUUGGAACAACAUAUGUCUUCUUCUUCCACGAGAGGUAUAAAAUCAUGGAGUUGAUCUGCUACACAGUGAUGGGAGUCUUUCCUGCCUUGGUCAUCCUCUCCAUGCCGGAACAGGCAGGGCUGUGUGAGCUGCUGGUCGGCGGGGCCUGCUACUGUAUGGGGAUCAUCUUUUUUAAGAGCGAUGGCAUCGUACCAUUCGCUCAUGCCAUCUGGCACCUGUUCGUUGCUAUGGGAGCUGCCAUACACUACUACGCCAUCUGGAAGUACCUCUACGCCCAGCCAGCCAAUCAGGUCCAGACUUCAAGAUGACAUCAACGCUGACCUCACAGGAAGUAGCUCAUGUAUUUGAGCAAGUUAAGGGGAUGUUGGGAGCUGUGUCCCGGUUCAGGGGCUGUCAUCUUUGGAAAGUAAAUAUUUGUCAACUCCGACUGAAAUAAGAAAUUUCUGCCUCUAAAUUAUGAUACCAGAGGUGCUUUCACUUGAUUCUUCACAGCUCAUAAAGUCAGAGAAAUCAUGUUCAUCACCAGGAAAUACUACUGACUCAACUAAAAGGUAACAAGACUGCAAAUCUGCAACACAGACUGUAUAAAUUAAGAACACAAAGCCAAUAUGAAGGAGCCCUUAAUUGAGGAAAUCCACUUAACACUUUGUUUUAAAAAGGAGAAGCAGCAUUAUUCCCUCAUCUGGUUUCUCAAAAUUGCACUUUAAUUUUUUAGUUUAAACAGCUGCCCACUGCUGGUUGUUAAAAAAGGUAGGAGUCAUUUUGCUAUGUCUUCACCUUUGCCAUAUCCUCACUUUCAAGGCAGAGACUAAGUCCACUUCUUGUAUGGAUAAGAGCAGUCCAAACUCACUUCCUGCUGUCAAGAGUGACUAUGCCCCAUUUGGGUUGAAAACAAGCCCUAAGGAGUGAAAAGGAAGAGUUCUGUGGCCUUGAGACAAAACUAGAGAGGAGUAAAUGGACAAAUAGGAGACUGGUGUUUUCUUUUUUCACUGGCUCUAGGCCAGCGAUUGCUCUGUGACAGGAGGAGCUGUAAUCUGCCUGCCUGUCAACAGAUUCUUCAAGUAUUCACUAAUGUAUUUCUAACAAAGUCAAGAUCCCACUCAUUUUUACAUGGUUCAAAUACAUACAUAAGAUAUGUGAUGACAGUUUAUAACAUCUCUGGUCAUAAAAUGGGCUUGUUUGUUAAGUUUGAUGGAGAGAGUCUGAACACACCUCAUAUAUACCAUAACUUUGUUUAUUUGUGCCCAAUGAUGCAAGGAUCUAACUGAAAUUUCAAAGUCAGAUGAUUAAUACUCUCCUCUGUCUUUUAUUGGACUUUUUUAAGGCCUAAACAUGCUCAAAAAGUCAUGAAAUUUUGCAGAUGCAUCAGGGCUUGUGAAAAUUUCAAUAUUUUGUGGGUUUUACUUAUGUGCAACAGCAACCCUUAAGAGUUUGCAAAGAUAAAGUCCCCUCCUUUAUCUUUGUCUUUUUUGGGGAGUAGAUUCGACUUGACAUAUUCUAUAAAAAGUCUCUGAAAUCUGCUAUUUUAAAUGUAUUAGUCCAAUUUUGGUUUAGUUUAGUUUUUGUCCAUUUCUAGGGGUCCUUUGAGGAUAAACUGUUCCUAGAAAAUUAAUCCAAAUCAGCUUAAAUUCAGGUUACUCAUAGUAGAGACUUUAAUGAUAAAUAGUUAUGCAGCUUGUGUACAAAACUUAUAGGGCGUGGCCAUGGUGAGCCCUGAAAUUUGCUUUUUUUUUUUUUUUUUUUUUUUUAAAAGAAACAGGAAGUUGCUUGUUGUGCAUGGUCCAAUCAGACUACAACUUUCUUUGUAUGUAGAGAGUCCAGACCUGAGGACAGUCAUAUUGUCAUGUUUUGGACAGAUUGUAGCGCCUCCUUGAAGUGACCGGAAACAGCAAGUGUUAUAAUACUGUUUAAAGCCUAACCCAGAUAUUAACAUAAAACAACUGUGUAUGAUGGGCAUAAGUCCUACAGCCCUCUCUGUGGCAUAGCCAAGACCCAAACAGGCACCUGAUCCUGGCAUGAGCGAAGGUGCGUGGGCCCAUUCAGUGCUGCUAGCAGCUCUAGUUUUUAAUGUUGUGUUGCCAAGCCCAGUCCAGAAAGGUAAUCAUUUUUAUGUUCUUCUCACUGGCUACUGAAUUCAGGCUCCUAAUAACUGUUAAACUGCAGGAGUUUGGUAUUUUAAGAAUUACUUAAGUCGCCUUUCCCAUUUAUCACCAUUCAUAAUGUAAUGUUUUCAUCCAGAAAGGGGCAAAGUUCCCAGAUGGAUUGCUCUUAUCAAUACAUUUCAUGUGCACACAUAAAGCAGAUGGCUAUUGUGAGCGUGUGAACACAUCUACACGGUCACACUAAUCAAUGCAUCCACAAUUCAUCCUAUGGGCACGUCAGUGGUUUUUUGGAAAAGCUAUCAUGCAGAAACAUUUAAUUUAGAAACAUAUGUUUGUAGUUUUAGGUAGAACUUGUAGUUUUAAGAACACUACGCACUGCUGUUGCUCAGCACCACCAUAAGAAAAUAACAUCCUCUUUCAGUCCCUCUGGAUCUUUGCGAAUUGUCUGAUACAGGACUAAAACAUUCUGUGAUUUUCAGAUGAACUUUGAUGCUGAGCAGGAGCAAAGUGCAGGACUCACUCUCCUAAGCUACAGUAUUACCUCCUACAGACCUACUUAAUGAGGUAGUCUGACAUGGGAACACCUCCUUUAAAUCAGGGCUUUUGGAACAACACUUAGGUUAAAAGGUUCAUCAUGUGGGAACUAUGUGCAGAUCUAUCUAUUAGAGUUUUCUAGCUGCAUAAAAAAUGUUUCAAGGUUUUCUCAAAUGAUUCAUUCUCCCCCAUAACUAAUAUUUUCACUAAUUAAUCAACAAUUCAUCAUGUUGUAGUAUAUAUAUUUUGGUACCUAACCUCACAAACCCGGUGGUUUUAGUGUGUUUUCCUGACUUUAUGAGUUGGCUAGAAUAAUUUAAAGCAAGAUUUAACAUUUUUCUCACAAUGAUUGUAAAAACAAAAAACCUGGGAAUAUUACACAUAACUGUUUUUGAAACAUUUUAAAAUACCGUCUGCAAUCGUAGCAGACUGUGUUAAAAAAAGACCUGUUUGCAUGAAAUCUUUAUACUUUAACGAAGGCAGCCAGUGAAUUGGGAAAAUGUUUUUCAGUACAGUUCAGUUUAAUUUAAAGGGAUGUUUAAUGUAUUUAAGGAUUCAUUCCAAUGAUCAGGGGUUGAAUGAGUAUUUUUGGAGAAUUCUGUUGAUGUGUCACACAUCCAGAUUCAGUGACCAGAUACUGAGUAGAAGGCAUUGUCUUUUUGUGAAGAAGAAGACAAUGUUUACAAAAAGCUUACUUUACUAUCAUUAUUUCUUUAAGGAUAUCAUUUUAAAUAGAAUUAUCAUCAUAAAUAGAGUUUUGUUUUAAUAAGCAUAUAUUCAGAAGGUUGCAACAUCGGUAACUCACUAUUCAAAUUCAGUGCGCCGCUAGAUAGUGUUAAAGUAACUGUUAGUGUUACUGGUUGUGCUUACAAUGUAGGACACUAUGGUUCAACAGCAGCUGCUUCAGUCAGUAUUUUACUGUGAAUUACAAGCAUGGCUGUAGAAAGUUAGUUUUUAUGUUUAACAAACAGAUAAUCAUGGUUUUAGUCAAGGAGACUUUACCUGUGUGCUUCCACAUUUAUAGCAGGUAGGUUAUCAUACUGAAUUCUAAUAGUUUACUGUUGUUGAUUAUAGGUUUAGUGAGUAAAGAUGUCAUCAGUAUGAUUAAUACAGUAUAUAUUUAUCACUGACUCAGAGUAUAUGUUGAUUUAUAUAUAUUUUCUUCUGGUGUAUUUACAGUGUCAGCUGGUUAUCUUCAUCUUAAACCAAAUAAAUUAACCAUAUUCCGAAGGCAGCCAUUUCCCUCUCAUGUCAGGCUCAGUGUGGGAAGCUAAGAAGCUGUUAUAGUGCUGUUGUCCUCCUGUUUUCAUUUCAAAUGAUAUAGAAGUAGAAAGAUUGUCAAGUUGUAAGCAUUAGCCACUUUUUAGCUGAUCUGCAACUGAAAAGAGAAACUAUAGUGAAAAUCUAAAUGUAUAAAAAUUGUUUGAACUCUUUUGGGGCCAACAGCUUAGUCAAAACAGCUAAUGUUAGCAUUAAAUAGAUGCUAGCUAGCAUAUGAUUAACUAGAUAUUACCCUUUUUACUCGUUUGGUGCAGAUAGCCAUGUCAAAAGAACUUGAAUUUACAUUAAACAUUCUAGAUAUGUCAGAACAACUAAAGUUAACUUCAGAUAAGACAAGAUAAGACAAGCGUACAGUUAGGCGGGUCUCAUGAUGUUUUUACUCAUUUGGUACCAACAUAUUUAGAAAUUGCUCAAAAAAAAACUUUUGGUAGCCAACACAUGGUUUUCUAGUUAUCCUUAUAUUUUUCUAAAUUAAUCAUUAACAUUUUGUUAGCAAUGUUAGUUGAUCCUGACUCUUAGUAAUUUAAUACACAGCUUUGUCAAAACAGCUAACAUUUAACUAUUUCUAGGCAGCAUGAGGUUAGCUAGCUAUCUUGAUUAGAAGCUAGCCUACAUCGGUGGUUCUUAACUAGUCCAGCCUCAGGACCCACCACUAACUCCAGCUAAAUUAGCAUUAAGUAGUUGAAAGCUAACAUGUGCUAAGCAUUUUCUUACGCAUUUAGUACAGAUAGUCAUUUCAAAACAACUGAAUUAGCAUCAAAUUAUUGCGAACUUACAUAUGGUUAGAUGGCUAGAAUGUUUUUUUCACUCAUUUGGUAACAAGCCUAUUAAAACAUUUACUACUUUUAACUAUUGCUAGCCAGCACAUGGUUAGAUAGCUAUCUUAAACGUCUACCUGUUUGGUAAACAGAAAAAUCAAAACAGCUAAGAUUAGCAUGAAGAAGUUAUUAACUAGCAUAUGAUAAGCUAGCUAUUCCCAAAUUUCUUUUUUUAUUCUAAAACUAAAUUUAGCUUCAGAAAUUACUAGCUAACAUAUAGUUAGCCAGCAAUCCAGACUUUUAGCAAUCAUUUGGUACACAUCAAAGUUGACACAACUAGUAUUAGCAUUAAAAGCUAGUACAUGGCAGGCCUUUCUGGCUUUUUAAACUUAAUAUUGAUCGACAGAGAAGUUUAAACAGCCAACAUUAGCAUUAAACAGUUUAUAGUUGAGAUAGCAAACUAUCUUGACUGCUAGCUAGUGUUUGUGCAUUCCUAUCAUAGUUUGGCAUUAUCAAAAGUAAUAUUCUCCAAAAGAAGUUUGAAAGAUGCCACAAGCUUUUCUGACAGUAGUUUAUUCCUUUAAAUAUUAUUGCCAGUGGCCCUCCUGGUUUUUACCAUACAGUUACUAUCAAACCAAGAGGAGAUUAAAUUGUGAUGCUUUGUGAGAUUUCCUUUUUUAUGUAGUGGAGCAAAACAGUAAAACACAGUAGAAUAAUGUGAAAACAUUUAAUCUUCCCACACUAAACAUGACAACAGAGUAAAAUGGCUGUCAUGUGAAUAUGGUGAAUAUCACACAUUAGAUAGUUUAUUAUAUCUACAGAGGGGAGAACCAUUGUCUGAUCCAGCACUGCCAGACUUACUGCCCUUACUGAUAGCACACUACGACCAUUUACAUCUCACACUUGAAAGGAAACUGAAGCUAUAGUAUUGUUGAACAAUCCGGCCCAAUAUUAAGGCAUCUCAGGUGCGUGUGCGUGAGUGUGUGAUUAUAUGUGUGUUUGAAUGAAUGUGUGCUGUACUAUCUGACUCCCAUGAAUCCAAAGCCUCUAAUCGGCUGAGUCUCUGUUUACACGUUACGCAUGUACCUUGAACACAUAAAAAGUAUAUUUGAAGCAUAUAUGUACUCUUAGUGUUGAGCUCUGUGUGACGGCACAGGAAAUUAUUGGACAAACUUUUAUAGAGUGAUUAAUAUGGCUAAAGGACCAAAAGGUUGUACAGCCGCAGUAUAAUCGUAGGUAUAAAAAGAAAAAAGUUAAAUACCUUUUCUCCUGUUGGACAUCCUCUUACUGCUGCCUGUCUCUCAGGAUUUGGAUCAUUUUGGCUUAAAAGCCUGUGAAGCCACAUUCAAGGACCACUAAAGCUGCUCCGGUGUUUGAGCACCGUCUGCAGCAACUAAGAUGAUGAAAAAGCUGCUUUCUUAAAUGCUGGCACCACCCCUUACAGCUUUACUUGUUUAUUCGCGUCUGCAAGUCCGGAAAUAGUCCAAAAAAAUUUCUUGCAAGCUCUAGUUAUUGUUAAUAUCUAUGAAGAAGAGAACUUUCUUUAAGGUGCAGAGGGGUUCAUAUAAUACCACUAUAGACAUUACAGCACAAGGGAUGUUUACAGAUCAGUAUGAAGAACUAUAAAUUUACACUAGCAUCCAAAAAACUUACUUGCCUCUGAAACAUACUGUGAUGAGCACCUAUGAGCUGAAUGUGGAAGACUUUUUUAAAUCUGAGAAAACUCUGUUUUUUGCUCCUUAUGGCCACUUUUACACAUUUUUAAGGGAAACUAGCAGACAAAUUCAAGCUCAAACAACUAAAUUUAGGGAAGGAAAACCAAGCUUUUUUUCUGAGGAAGCAAAAUACAUAGCAUAACAAAAAUGCAUUACACAAAAAUGCUGCUGAUGUUAAAGGAAGGUGCAAAUUUGCAGGAAACUGCCUCAUUUGUUGCUGAACUGCCCCUGCAGGUCUUGGGCACUAUAUUAUCUGUUGAAUUCUAUUUUAUUUAUUCCUAAAAAGCUUUUUUUGCAGUCAGAAUUAACCAAUAAGCUUAUGAAUGCAUCGUCAUAUUCUUGGGUCUAAGAAGAGAAUCUUACUGACAAAAAAAAUAUCAAAUUAAAACCACUUUUUAGAACUUUUUGUGGACACAUCAGGGUCAAACAACAACCUGGAAAAGUUAAAAAUAUAGUUAUUAUAUGUAGGUUAUUUCAUGAUCACUCUUUAAAGUUUGUUUAUGAGUUAAAAAGAGGGGUGAUCUAUGUCUAAACAAGAUAUACUCACUGAGAGGGGCAUAUGUCACUGUAGAUAUGUCAAUUUGAAUUAAACUCUUCAGAUAUAUUCCUAAAUGAGUACUUUUGAAUAUUUGUACUCUUAAGUGUUUACUUGAGCCUGCCACAAAAAGCUCAAGUGGAGUGUUUACUAUUUUGCAGUACUUGGGGGGGUUGGGGGGUUAUAGCCUAUCAUUGCCAGUAUUUUUCUGAGUAUCAAGUAUGUAAUUAUUUAACGCGUGUCUGUCUUGUCUUGAUUAUUAUAUAUCUGUGUCAUUCAGACUUACAGUGCCCACCUGACUUUGUAUAGAGAUUUCUAAACACUCCAUGAUGCCUUCAUGGACCCUCUGUACAUUGUUUAUAGACGCUCUGUGAUUGUGGAGCUGCUGACUCUGUUCUCAGUGCUGCUAGUGUUUUCUUUCUGAUCGUACAAGACUGACUAUAUUAUAUCUUGUUCUUUCUCUCUUCCAUUUUUCAAAUUGUUUUUUUUUUUGUGUGUCUGUGGUGCUUUUGUGCUGUGACAAGCCUAUAUGAUGCCAACAAUGCUUUUAUCUUUUCUAUUUCUCUUUUAAUAAAAAACGU